CACAGACUUGCUCACUCUGAUCACUCAGGGCAUCUCUCUGCACAGGAGCUUACUGGAAACAGGGUCUUUUUCGGGUCACCGGACGCUGUUUUGAUCUCACUGUGUUUAGCGACACCGCCAGCAUGACCAAAAGCACCGGAGAGAAGCCGCGGGCGCGCAACCGCGUGCAGAACUUCCGCGAGGGGAUCCACGCGCGUUCCUUGAAGGCGCGGAAGGUGGUGGAGGACAUCACUAAAGAUGACGUCAAGAGCUUUCUAAGGAGAAACGCUUUCGUGCUCCUUACCAUCGGAGCCGUGUUCUUUGGCAUCACGUUGGGAUUUGCUUUGAGGCCGUACAAGAUGUCUUACAGAGAAGUCAAGUUUUUCUCCUUUCCUGGAGAACUAUUGAUGAGAAUGUUGCAGAUGCUGGUGCUCCCUCUACUGGUCUCGAGUUUAAUUACAGGGAUGUCAGCGCUGGACAGUAGCGCCUCUGGGAAGAUGGGCAUGCGUGCAGUUAUAUACUACAUGACCACGACUUUCAUCGCAGUGUUUAUCGGCAUCAUUAUGGUUCUGAUCAUCCAUCCUGGUAAAGGCUCAAAAGAGGAAUUCUCCAAACAGCAGAAGAUCGAGCAGGUCAGCCCUGCAGAUGCCUUCCUGGACUUGAUCAGAAACAUGUUUCCACCUAAUCUGGUACAGGCCUGCACUCAACAGUUCAAGACCCAGUACGCCAAGAGGAUCAUUCAAGUGAAGAUAAUAGUAAAUGAUUCCAUAUUUAACCUAACUAACUCCACCCAGGAGAUUACAAAAGAGGAGGUUAUUCCUCUGCCUGGCAGCCAAAAUGGGGUUAAUGCCCUCGGGCUGGUGGUGUUUUCAAUGUGCUUUGGUUUGAUCAUUGGGAACAUGAAGGAACAGGGACAGGCUCUCAGAGAUUUCUUUGACUCGCUCAAUGAGGCCAUCAUGCGACUUGUUGCUUUUAUUAUGUGGUAUGCACCCGUUGGAAUCCUCUUUCUGAUCGCUGGAAAGAUCGUAGAGAUGGAUGAUAUCACCGCAAUGGGUGGUCAGCUGGGCAUGUACACUAUCACGGUCAUUAUCGGCCUCAUGAUACAUGGUAUUAUUGUUCUACCAAUGUUGUUCUUCGUCAUCACACGAAAGAACCCCUUCAUUUUCAUCACGGGUAUACUGCAGGCCCUCAUCACAGCUCUCGGUACAUCUUCCAGCUCAGCCACUCUACCGAUCACCUUCAAAUGCCUGGAGGAGAAUAACAAAGUGGACAAACGCGUGACUCGAUUCGUGCUUCCUGUAGGAGCCACGAUUAACAUGGAUGGAACAGCGUUAUAUGAAGCCCUAGCAGCCAUAUUUAUCGCUCAGGUCAACAAUAUGGAAAUGAACUUUGGCCAGAUCCUAACCAUAAGCAUCACAGCCACUGCUGCGAGUAUUGGGGCUGCCGGCAUCCCUCAGGCCGGUCUGGUCACCAUGGUGAUUGUACUGACCUCUGUUGGACUGCCCACUGAUGACAUCUCCCUUAUCAUUGCAGUUGAUUGGUUCCUGGAUCGACUGCGCACUACAACCAAUGUCCUGGGAGAUUCCAUAGGAGCUGGAAUCGUGGAGUUCCUGUCCCAAGAUGAGCUUCAGAGUGGUGAUGUGGAGUUAGGAAGCUCUGUGCUGGAGGAGAAUGAAGUGAAGAAAGCUUAUAAGAGGAUCCCGCAGCAGAACGAGUAUGACAAUGAGAAACCACCAGACAGCGAAACCAAGAUGUAGUCUGAACAUCAAUGUCCAACCAAGGAUUUGUGUGUGUGUGUGAGUGUGUUUAUGUAAGUGCAUGUUUGGUGGCAGUGGCCCCAAGUAUUGGACAUCAUUGUAUUUGAAUUAUAAAACAAAUAUCAAAGAUAUCACAGUGUCACUUCAAUGUUUUUAAGUGAAAUGCAAAAAGAGGUUUUACAUGUUAAAGCAAUAGAUAUAUUCAAAGUUGAGACAAAAGGUAUUUGGACACUUUCUGGUUGUCAAACUUUGUGGAACAUGUGUAUAGUCAAUGUGAUGUCUGUGUUCUAGGGGGGAACUAUCUUUGGUCGCUCUGGUAGGACAGCAGUGUGAAUUUAAGGGGAAUUGAAUUUAAACAUCUACUAAAAGGAUAUUCAGACAAAUGGUUAAAAGUAUUUUCUUUUUAAAUGGCUACGCCAUGAGGGACAAGUUAUUUUUGGAAGAAAGGGUUUCUUCAGCCUUUUAGCUGACGUUUCAAGGGCAUUUGUUCAUUGUUUCAUUAUUGUUGCUUAUUAUUUCAUCUUUUCCUUUAUAGCAACUUAUUGGGUCACACCUAAUGGUAUCUCUACAUCUAAACAUGGAGUAUACAAUGGCAAACUGUAAAUAUCUAACAUUAAUGUUUAGUUUUAUAAGCUGCUUUACAGAUCUUUCUACAUAUAUUUACACAUAAGUCGUCUCAUUAAUAUGUCUUAUAACAUUUCUGGAGAUAUUAUGCAGUUGUUUUUUAUUUCUCGCAACACUUCACAACUAACGGAAAACAGCAAACAUACAUGCAUUCAUUCAUAAAGCUUUGUAUUGUUUUCUGUUGUCCUUCAAGAUUUUCACUGACCCUUUUGUCAUUUGUCACAUAAAUAUUAAAUACAAAUAAUUCUUAGUUGCUGCUGGUUAUUAAUUGUAAGUAAAGGGGAUGAAUGAUUACUUCUUAAGAGACUGCAAUGACAUGCUAAACUGGGUCAUUUUAUGUUUGAAAACAUAAAUGCUAUUAACACAAAUUGCGAUCUCGUGUUUUUUUGCUUCCGUUUUUUCAAUUGUUGUAUGUUUCCAGCAAGGUCAUUAAAAUUGGUGAUUAGAAAUUCUAAAGCAUAGAGAAUAUAAGGAUUGUAUGUGUUGAAUAGUUUUGAAUAAAAUAGAAAAUAAAAAUGAA